AACCGGUUCUCCUCUACAAAAACUACCAAUGAGCUACUCAAAGCUCAUUGCAGUAGUUUUUCUCCCUCUUCUGCUUGCCCUCCAUGUUCCAAUGACCACUGCAGCAAAUUCCAACCUCUUCCGGGACUACAUCGGCGCGAUCUUUAAUGGCGUUCAGUUCAGCGACGUGCCCAUCAACCCGAAGGUUCAGUUCGACUUCAUCCUUGCCUUCGUCAUCGACUACACCACAGCCACGGAGCCGCCUUCUCCGACCAAUGGCCAGUUCAACAUCUUCUGGCAAAGCACCGUCCUCACCCCCUCCGCGGUUGCUGCGAUCAAGCAGAACAACCCGAACGUGAGGGUGGCCGUCAGCCUCGGCGGCGCCACCGUGAACAACAGGCCGGUGUUCUUCAACAUCACCUCCGUCGACUCCUGGGUCCAGAACGCCGUCUCUUCCCUCACCAGCAUAAUCCAGCAGUACAACCUGGACGGCAUCGACAUCGACUACGAGCAGUUCCAGGCCGACCCGGCCACCUUCGCCGAGUGCAUAGGCCGCCUCGUGACGACGCUCAAGAGCAACGGGGUGAUCAAGUUUGCGUCGAUCGCGCCGUUCGACGACGCCGACGUGCAGCGCCAUUACCAAGCUCUGUGGGCGACUUAUGGGAGCGUGAUAGACUACAUCAACUUCCAGUUCUAUGCUUACAGCUCGAGCACAACCGUGUCGCAGUAUGUUAACUUCUUCAACAACCAGAUUGUCAACUACCCUGGAGGCAAUAUCCUGGCCAGCUUCACCACGGCGCCGACGACAACCUCGGUGCCAAUUGAUACAGCGCUCAGCGCUUGCCAGACUCUGCAGUCACAAGGAAAGCUCUACGGAAUCUUCAUCUGGGCAGCAGAUUAUUCUAAGAGCCAAGGGUUCAAGUACGAAAUACAAGCACAGGCACUGUUGGCCAACACCACCAGCCUCUAGCUAGCUUCAUUGUUGUCCAGUUAGAAUUUUCUUCAAGUCCUAAUAUGGAAUAAAAUGUCACAGAUUACUGGAGCAAGAAUGGAGAAUAAAAUCCCAUUGUAAUGCAGCUAUGUCUGUGAUCCUUUCUUCAGAUAGUGAAUGUGCUCUUCAAAUUGUCCAUUCUGCAAAAUUUGUAUCUAGUGAGCGACCAACCUUGUUAGCAACUUUAAAUUGUGC